UCUGUCUCGACAUGGCGUAGGGAUUUUGAGGGUCGGAGGGCUGAUAUUGUAGUGUAAAAGGUUAAAAGUGUAUGAUAUAAACGGCUCAAGUUUUUGUUUUGGUGAAUUUGGAAACUUCCAUCGUGGGAAUUGUAAAGUUGUUUCAAAGGUUGGGGUUCAGAGCGAGCAAGGAAGAUGAUGUCAGAUGCCAGUGACAUGUUGGCAGCAGCUCUGGAGCAGAUGGAUGGGAUUAUAGCAGGCUCCAAGGCUCUGGACUACUCCAACGGGCUGUUUGACUGCCAGUCCCCCACCUCUCCCUUCCUGGGCAGUCUGCGGGCCCUCCACCUGCUGGAGGACCUGCGGGGGGUGCUGGACGUGAUGGACACAGAGGAGAGGGAGGGGCUACGCUGCCAGAUACCUGACGCCACGGCUGACAGCCUGGCCGAGUGGCUGCAGGGGCACCUGUCCAAUGGGCACAUGUCCAUGGGGCAAGACACCUACCAGGUACGCCUGUCCAGGCUGGAGAGUGACAAGGAGUCCCUGGUCCUCCAGGUGAGCGUGCUGACAGACCAGGUGGAGGCGCAGGGAGAGAAGAUCAGGGACCUGGACAUGUGCUUAGACGAAAACCGGGAGAAACUCAACGCUACGGAGGAGAUGCUCCAGCAGGAGCUCCUGUGCAGGUCAACGCUGGAGAACCAGAAGAUGGAUCUCAUAGCCGAGGUGUCCAACCUCAAGAUGAAGCUGAACUCCUUGCAGAAGGAUAGGCUGGACAUUGAUGACCGGUUCAGGGACAGUGAGGACCUGGUCCUGGAGAUCAACGAGCUGAGGUACCGAGUGACAGAGAUGGAGAACGAAAGACUACAGUAUGAGAAAAAGCUCCGAUCUACAAAGUCGCUCAUGGCCAAACUUUCUAGCUUGAAAAUCAAGGUGGGCCAGUUACAGUAUGAGAAGCAGAGGAAGGAGAGCCAGCUCCAGGCACUGAAGGAGGAGCUGGGUGUGCUGAGGAGACAGCUGGAGGAGCGAGACGGAGAGCUGAGGAGGGGCCAGGAUCAGACGGGCUUCAGACCCCCUGGAGGUCUGGGCGGCACAGAGAGAGUCUCCCACCCAGACGAAACUCUUAAACAGAGGCUGAAAGAGAAACAUGUGGAGGUGCAGAGGAUGAAGAAGGCCGUCGAGUCCCUGAUGGGGGCCAACGAAGAGAAGGAUCGGAAGAUCGAGGAGCUGAGGCAGUCUCUCCUGAGAUACAACAAGGUUCAGGACAUGGUCAUGUCCCUGCAGGCCAAGAAAGAGAGAGACGGAGAGAACGAGGAGGCUCUCGACAACGGCUCCAUCUCUAUGGCGAUGGCCCGCGCGGUUGCCAUGGAGCUGGAGCAGCGGGAGGGGCUGGCGGGUGAGGAGGAAGUGAUCGGAACGAGCCCAGAUGAGCUGGAGAUCCGCCUGACAGUGACUGAAGACCCCUCGCCCAGCCCUCCAGCCAGGCCAGCCUCUGACCCAGACCGGGGGCCAGACCGGGGGCCAGACCCGGACCCAGCAGGGCCCGACAGGUCCCCUGACGGCGCCAGGGCGGGUAGCCAGGACAACCUGGAUGGCAGGAACAGAGAACAGAGGCCUGAGACUCUGCUGUUCCUAAUAAAGAACAAGGCCCGCGAGGAGGUGGCUAAGAUUAGCGAGCGGCCCCCCAAGCCCCCCCACUCCACGUCCUCCUCCCCCUCCUCCUCGCCCCGCGCCGCCCCCACAGACGACACAGGCUUCGGGAGCCGCAAGGCCCGCUCCUCCUUCGGCCGGGGCUUCUUCAAGAUCCGGGGGGGCAAGAGGACGGCCAGCGCCCCCAACCUGGCUGAGACGGAGCGCGAGGGCACCGAACAUCUGGACCUGGCGGGCCUUUCCCAGAGGUCGACCACCAGCGACAGCACCCGCACGCUGCCCACCGCCCCUGAGGGGCAGAAGAAGGCCAGGGGCAUUAAGAAGCUGUUUGGGAAACUGAGGAGGAGUCAGUCCACGACCUUCAACCUGGACGACAACCUAUCGGAGGGCGAGUUCAGGAGGGGCGGAGUCAGAGCCACGGCAGGCCCCAGACUUGGCUGGUCCAGGGAUCUGCAGAGAAACAAUGAGCUGGACGCUCCGUUUGCACGGUGGUCGAGGGAGCAGGUGUGUGAUUGGCUGCAGGAGCAGGGCCUGGGCCUGUACCUGAACAUGGCACGCUCCUGGAUCUCGUCAGGGCAGACGCUCCUGCAGGCCUCCCAGCAGGACCUGGAGAAGGAGCUGGGCAUCAGGCACACCCUCCACAGGAAGAAGCUGCAGCUGGCUCUGCAGGCUCUGGGCUCCGAGGAAGAAGAUGGCAAGGGCCGACUGGACUACAGCUGGGUGACCCGGUGGCUGGAUGACAUUGGCCUGCCUCAGUACAAGACCCAGUUCGACGAGGGCAGGGUGGACGGCCGCGUGCUGCACUACAUGACCGUGGACGACCUGCUGUCCCUGAAGGUGGGCAGCGUCCUCCACCACCUGAGCAUCAAGAGGGCCAUCCAGGUGCUGCGGCUCAACAGCUACCAGCCCAACUGCCUCCGACGCAGGCCUUCCGACGAGAAUAACAUCACGCCGGCCGAAGUCUCCCAGUGGACCAACCACCGGGUGAUGGAGUGGCUCAGGUCUGUGGAUCUGGCCGAGUACGCCCCCAACCUACGGGGCAGCGGCGUCCACGGUGGGCUGAUGGUCCUGGAGCCCAGGUUCAACGUGGAGACCAUGGCUCUGCUGCUCAACAUUCCCCCCAACAAGACGCUGCUGCGUCGACACCUGGCCACGCACUUCGGCCUGCUGGUGGGCACCGAGGCCCAGCAGAGCAAACAGGAGUGUCUGGAGAACCCAGACUACUCCCUGCUCACCGCCACCGCCAAGGUCAAGCCGAGGAAGCUAUCAUUUGGUAGCUUUGGGAGGAAGAGGAAGCAGGAUGAGAACGAGGAGUACGUGUGUCCGAUGGAUGUGGAGAUGCCCAAGGAGCGCAGCUUCCAGAGGGGCUUCGGGGGGGAGCUCCAGAUCUACGAGGACGACUUCGACCGCCUCAAUCAGAUGGACGACUCGGAGGGCACCGUGAGGCAGAUCGGAGCCUUCUCAGAGGGAAUCCAAAACCUGACUAGCAUGCUGAAAGAUGAUGAGUUCUUCAAAGAGAUCUCCAACUCUCCCUGCCUCAGUGUGACUGACGACGACUCCAACGCAUGAGGCCUUUGUCAUCGUCGUUGUCGUGACAACCUGUGACCCUGUGCAGCCGUGUCCUUCCCCACCAGCAAAGACUCACACACACACUGUUACACACACACACACGUUUACACACACUGUUACACACACAUACACACUCACAUACUCCUCAAAAACCACCUUGUUUAGCAUUACAUUGUUCGAUGAGCCAAAAAAAAGUUUUUAAAAUGUUUCUAGAAAAAGGGCAAAAUAGUAUUGGAGAGAAAGAGAAUUGCCACUGUAGUGUGCCUACCAGCUGGUUACUGGACACAUUCAUACUGACUGUUCUUAUAGGUGCAUCUCUCUGUGUGGGGUUCAGAGUUUCAAUAGUGUCAUCGCUCAUAGCUCAUCACCCAUCAGAUGAUCACGGAGCAUCCAAUUUCAACAGAGGAGGAGAUUGUGACGAAAUCUAAUAUAUCUUCUUUUUAUAUGCUUCAAGACUUUCAACCCUGUUGGACUGAAAAACAAUUUACUCAAAUGUCAUGUUCUGUGCAGAGUUUCUACAGGUAAUAACUUCACUGUCAAGUGAAACCCCUGAAUCGCUGCUAUGUUUUGUGCAUUAUAAAGCCUCUAUUUUAAGUGCAAUGUGUGUAUUUUUCCAACAUAUCUUUCCAUACCUUUAACACUCCCAGUAAUGUUUGCAUGCAUUUGCACCAACACAUACUGCAUAGUAACAAACUAUAAUAAUUCACACAAAUCGAGUUGCAUCUCAUCGCAUGCUGUUCAAGUCUUUCUCAUUGCCGAAAUGGUCAUUCAUUGUACUCCCGCUCUCCUAACAGAAGAUAGCGAUUUUAAAUGAUUAAAGUUAAAGUCAAGUGGACAGUUGCCAGUUAGUGUGGUUCUUUUCAGAUUACCAUAGUGGCAUAUGUAGAGAUGAAACUAUGCCAGAACGUCUCAAUGUAAAGAUCCUGUUAUCUCAUGACUGAGCAGAAAAGGGCGUUUUUGUGGUGUGCAUUUCUAAAGGCCAAUAAAGUAAUUUAAAUCAGU